CCAAGGCAACCAGUUGCCAAGGUUGUCCCGCCAGUGCACAAGAGUGUGUUAGGCCUUUAAAGCGCAUUAGUGUCCAUUCGUUGUCUGUUAGAAUCGCAAACAACAACGCUAUCUGUAGCGUUCUUUUCAGUUUUGUUGAGUGAACAAAACAAAAUGUCUGAAGAAGAGUUUAAUUUUUCUGAAACUGUUUACGGUCUGGGUGUAGAUCUUAUUAGCGCAUUGCAGUCCACGUUUCCGGAAGGCGAAACUUUUUUCAUCGACGUGUCGUUAGUUUUCGAUCCAAAGUACGUGUUCACUAUUUACUUUCCGUUGCUCUUCGCCUUUCAUUGGGUAGUCGGUGUUCAAGUAUUAGGAACAAUUAUCGUCGUCGAGUGGACCAAUCAAAUAUUGAAAUGGCUAAUGCAUGGAGAACGUCCUUAUUGGUGGGUUCACGAAAUGGAAGAAGCACAUAAAGCGGAUGCGCAUCCUCACAAAAUAGCGGAAAUUCAUCAGUAUAGCUCGACAUGUGAAACUGGUCCAGGUAUGCCAUCGGGACACUCGAUGGCCAUGUCUGCCGCCUGGUACGUAAUCAUCCACGCUGUUGUGGAGCACGUUGUAGACCCUUCCAACAUGAGUGCCAAAUUGAAAAUGGAAAGUAAACAGCUCCUGUGGGGUAUUUACAUCAUCAUUCAAGGAUUGGUGAUUUUCUCGAGAUUAUACAUCGCAGCUCAUUUUCCCCAUCAAUGCCUCCUGGGUUUAGUCCUUGGCAUUUGUAUGGCAAAGCUAGCAUUUGGCUCUACAGAAUGGAUGAAUUUCGGUCGUUUGCGGUGGUUUUUAGUGUCGUCCAUCAUCAUGGCCAGUGCCCUGGGGACGUAUUCAUUCCUCUUGUUGACUGGAAGAGAUCCUGCCUGGUCAAUCAGUGAGGCUUUGAAAUGGUGUGAUAAAGCGGAAAACAUUCAUAUCGAUACAAUGCCAUUUUAUAGUUUGAUGAGAUAUAGCGGAGCUGCAUUCGGCCUUGGUCUCGGUUUGACUUCCCGAUUCUUUAAGGCAACGGAGCAAAGAAUGAACUUCACGAAGCUUCAAACGUUUGCAAACGUUGUGGUGGGCCUUGCGUUGGGUUACGCAGCCGAAAUGGCUCAUGUGGCCAUACCUAAAACGAAUGAAACAUUAUUUUACUGCCUUGAAUUCCUUUUGAACAUAGCCUUCCCUUACGCCGUCAUUGCUCUGGCACCGUACACGGUAAUGGCGUUCAGUGGCCGUAAAGAGAAAUCCGCUUAAAGCACCUUUAACAGAUUGUGCGUAAAGAAAAAUUUGUCUCUCCCAGUAAUUUAGUACAAAUGAUCAUGUGGUUUAGGAACUAA